UUAAUGGGUGGCUCUGCUCCUGCCAGUAGGGCUGUGUGUUUGUAUGUGAUGUGUGUUUGUAUGUGAUGUGUACUUGUAUGUGAUGUGUACUACAGGCAGGAGGAAGAGCUGAGCUGCACCUGAGUCCUAAGUUUCGCCUCCUCCCCCGGACUCUUGGUCUGUACCUGCUACACUUUCUUUAGGAGCCGUUCAGUAGCAUCACCUUUUCUGUCGCUGGAGCCGAACUGAUGUUGCAGCUUUGGAACCGUCAUUAUGUUCUAGUGAACUUGAGAAUCCGUCAGCAUGUGACGUCCUGGGAAGAGCUACUGAAAAUAGAUGUCGAACCUGACCAGUUGCUCUCCCGGUCUAGAAUCUGGACUUGGCAGUCUUCAAACGUGUGUCCUUUUUCUUUUAGAUGAGAAAGAAAAGAGGUUGAAAUGUCGGUUCCUCCUUGUGGCCUACAAGAUGCAAGAAAUUAGUCUGCCUUCUACCCAGAGCAUGCCAGACCCGGAUGCAUUAGAGGGGCCUGUGUUCCUGAAGCCCGACAUGGACAUACAACUGCACGAGCCCAGCUGUAUACUGAUACUGAUCUUAACUGGCAAAAUCAUAAUAAAUAUCCAUUAUUUACAGGAUUUUGCUGUUUGUAGCAUGAGGUUCACUAACUAUCACAUCUGCCUGUUUACUCAGAUCAUAUCCCAUGCGUAUGGCAUUCUACACUAUCCAGUGCUGUUAACAGCAGGGCUAGAUUAUUACAAUACUGUUGUUAAAUCCAUUCAUCUCCCCAGGCUUUGUCUCGGCUUCCUGCAUGUUAUACUUACCCUGCUCCUAUGGACGGCAGCACUAUCCUUUGCCCUCUAUUCUUCUGUUCCUCCUCCAAUCUCAGGCCCUGGACUGUCCUCAUACCAGUGCACUUUCUACGUCAGCAGCCAGACUUAUUAUUUAUCAGUCGCAGUGCUGUGUGCCAUUGUUUUUAUUCUGGGAAUAUGUUGCUUUGAAGUGGUGGCUUUAAUAAAAUCCAUGAAGCUCAUCUCCUUCACCAACAAGACUGUCCUGUUUUCCUGUGGAGAUGAGUGGCCUGUCCAAGGAACCAUAUGUCUCUAUACUGCUCUUGUGUUCUCGUUUCUGGGCACUUGGGCUCCAUUUGUCCUCCGUAAAAUUAUUCUCCUCAUUUUGUGUGCACCAAUCCCAGGCUACAUGGACAUGAACGUGGCUUGGCUUUAUUUUAUGAACAGUUUCCUUGUGGGAUUGGCCUAUGUCCUUAAGUAUCCUCACAUUGACCCGACCAGAGAGACCUUUUCCAUAGACCCUUUCAUCAGCUGGAAAUAUUGCAUUCUGCCUUUUAUUGACAUUCACUACAAAGCAGAAGAUUAUUUGAAUGAGCAGUUACAUCCAGUUAUGAUUGUUUGAUUCAUUUCAUGUUCCAGGCUACAGUUAGUAAAAUAGGAAAUC